AUGGAGCUGGAUGGAACCGAGAUAUUCUGCAGCGUCGAGCCCUUCAAGAAAGAGAAAGACGGCAAGUGCUACCCAAUCGGCGGUCCUACCAGGACCAUCCACGAGUGUGAGCUCUACCGGUCCGAUGGCAUACCUUGCAGGCGAAGGUUCAAGCGCCCCGAACACCUCAAGAGGCACGCUGAGACACACUCUGGCAAGCUCAAUCAUCACUGCAAGAUUUGCUUUAAGGGCUUUGGCCGCAACGACAACUGCCAGGCCCACUACGACACACACAUCCGACGUCCUGGGAAGAAGGAUGGCCGGAACAGGAAGAUGUCACUCAGGGAGGUGGAGGAGAUCGUCGCAGGUGAUGUCAAAUUGAUUGAGAAGCUACGGUCCAAACAUGGAUGUGGAGAGGAGUCGACUGCGCUGUGA